AUGCCUGUUGAAGUAAAUGGUAGUAGAGUUGACAUUAUGGUAGAUAGUGGGGCCACAAUUUCCACUGUUAAAGCUGAUGAGCAUGUAUGUACACCAACACCUAAUUUUGUCACCACCGUGGGUGUUUCCGGCGUUCCUGUUGUUGAGCCACUAUCACAGAGAGCUAAAAUAACUGUUGAAGGUUCAGAUGUGCAACAUUCUUUCCUGAUUUCUGAGAAAAGUCCAAUUAAUCUCAUGGGACGAGAUUUACUUUGCAAGCUACAUGCCACCAUUCAAUGCACACCUGAUGGAUUGUUUUUAAGCCUACCUGAUGUGAAGGCUGCUCAUGCAUUUCAGUUUUUGAAAACUAUUGCUGAUUGUUUGUAUUGUUGGUCAUUGACUGAUUUUAACAUGGCUUCCAGUUUCACAGUAUCUAGCAUUCAAAAAAUUGCUCAAAUUUCACCAGCAUGUGCAACACAGAUGUCUGCCAUGAGGCCUGUACUACAGUGUCACUGUACAGCAGCAUUUAACCCCCCAGAGGUGUACAAACAAUUAGCUGAUGUGUUUUUGAAUACACAAGAGGGGUUGGAGUGUGAACAAUGUUUGUUUGUUGGUCCACAGGGAUGUGCAAUUCCAAUUCGGUUAUCUGACGCACAGCGCAAAUUGGUUAAUGAUAAAGAUUCAUUUCCAUACAUCACUGUAGCUGUCUCUCCUGGCUGUGACCCACAACAGCUUGAAAGCAUGGUGGCACAGUGCCAGGCAUUGAGAGGAGCUGCGCAGACUCCUCAAACUCAAACAAUAACACACUUGGGCCUUGAGCUGUACAUGUUAUCUUUAACUGAGCACAUCCAGCUACCUCAGAGUAGGUUUGUUUUGCAACAACCACCCCUCCCCACACAGUAUGGGCCUCCAUCAGAGCUUUCAGAGGUUCCAUCUAUUUUAUGGGCUAAACAUAAAAACCAUGUGGGUUUUGUGAAUUCGGCUCCACCUCACGAAGUCACACUCAAACCUGGUGCUAAACUACCAAUGGUCAGGCAAUACAAUUUGCCACACAAGUCAAUUGCUGGUAUUGAAGGUGUAAUUCAGUCUUUACUGGAUCAAGGUGUGUUGGUUCAAACAACAAGCCCAUGUAACACACCCAUUUUACCCAUUCCAAAAGCAAACCGCCCAGAUGAAUGGCGUUUUGUACAAGAUUUGCAAGCUAUUAAUAGCAUUGUAGUGCCAACAGCUCCAAUUGUGCCAGACACAAAUUCGAUUUUAGCUUCACUACCAUCCAACUCAACACACUACACAGUCAUUGAUUUGAGUUCAGCUUUUUUCUCAAUCCCGUUGCAUCCAGAUAGCCAGUAUCUGUUUGCAUUCACAUUCAAAGGAAAACAGUACACCUGGCAGCGUUUGCCUCAGGGUUUUGUCGAGAGUCCUACAGUUUACGCAGCAGCAGUGAAACGGGACUUGGAUGACCUCCACUUUCCAGGGGGCUCCACUCUCCUACAGUAUGCAGAUGACCUCCUGAUAGCUUCACCAUCACAGGAAGCUUGUCGAACGGACUCCAUCUUGCUCCUACAGAGACUAGCUGAGUGUGGUCAUAGAGCAUCACUUGCCAAACUGCAAUUUUGUCGGUCUGAGGUGACAUACUUGGGUCAUGUUUUGAAAAAUGGACAGCGCCUGUUGUCACCGGAGAGGUUGAAACUGCUGGUUAACAUGCCUCCUCCCACAACCAAGAAACAAAUGCUCUCGUUCUUGGGGAUGGCGAAUUAUUGCAGACAUUGGAUCUUUGAGUAUGCUGCUAUGGACUCUGUUUUGCGAAACGCCACACUGCAAUCAGCUCCUCCCAAGGUGCAGUGGACUGAGGACAUGAACAAAGCUUUUCAGGACCUGAAACAUGCUCUCACCUUGGCUCCGGCAUUGGGGCUGCCGGACUAUCAUCAGCCGUUCCAUCUGCAUGUACAUGAACGAGAUGGCUUUGCUACAGGCAUUCUCGUGCAAAAACAUGGGUCUCAUUACCGUCCAGUUGCGUACUACUCCUCUCGACUAACCCCUGUGGUUCUUGGCAUGCCAGGUUGCUUAAGAGCGGUGGCCGCCGUUGCCAUCAUGAUUGAGAAAUCUUCUCCAAUUGUACUGGCUCAUGACUGUGUUGUGCACGUUCCACAUGCAGUACUUCACAUCUUGAACACAUCUGCUACCCAACACAUGACAGCUGCACGUCGUUCAGGCUAUGAAGCAAUCAUUCUUCAUAGUCCACACAUCACUUUAAAACGCUCACCUCCAUUGAAUCCAGCUACUCUCCUUCCAUUGAUUGACACAGAUGAUGAGCAUGAUUGCAUCACAACUAUUGACCUGUGUACAUCCCCAAGGCCAGACUUGUUGCAGACACCAAUACCCAAUUCUGAUUUGAUUUUUUACACUGAUGGUUCAGCUAGCAGACCAUCUGAUAGCACACAUCUAGCUGGCUAUGCAGUAGUUAACGAUUGGGGGGUAGUAGAGGCAAAAGCACUGCCUCCAGGUACCUCUGCUCAAGCAGCAGAACUGUAUGCUCUAACUAGAGCGUGUAUUCUUGCUUCUGGUAAGGUGGCUACUAUUUACACUGACUCAAGAUAUGCAUUUGGCGCUGCUCAUGAUUUUGGCCAGUUAUGGAAGAUGAGAGGUUUUGUGUCAUCUUCUGGAAAACCACUACAGCAUCACACUUUGGUUAAUGACCUGUUAGAUGCUAUUUUGCGCCCAUCUCAGCUUGCAAUCAUCAAAUGUGCUGCUCACACGAAUGGAACUGAUCCUGUUUCACGAGGAAAUGCAAUGGCUGACACUGCAGCCAAACAAGCGGCACUUUCCUCUCCCUCUUUGGUACUUCAAUGUGCCUCCACACAACCUACCAAUCCAAUUCCAGUUCCUUCCGCUAAUGAUGUCGUGACAAUGCAAAAUCACGCUGAUGACAGGGAGCGAAGUCUUUGGUUGCGUAAAGGUUGUAAAGUUGACGCGGAGUCUGGCUUGUGGCUCCACCCUGAUGGUCGACCGGUUUGCCCUCGAGCUCUCCUUCAUGUGCUGGCACGUGUGACGCAUGGUCCAGCGCAUGUUGGAAGAGGGGUGAUGAAUGAUGUUAUUCGCUCACAGUGGUUUGCUCCAGGCAUUACUCAAGUUUCACAAACACUUGUGGAUAGUUGUAUGAUAUGUCAACAGACCAGAAAAAAGAAUAGCACAGUGAAACAUGACCACUUAGAACCCCCAUCAGGUCCUUUUGUAAAUAUGCAAAUAGAUUUUGUACAUAUGCCAAGCUCACAAGGCUUCAAAUACUUGCUAGUCAUAACCGACAGGUUCUCGAAGUGGGUAGAAGCUUUUGCAACGAAAAAAGAAGAUGCAAGAACAGUUGUAAAGUGUCUGCUAAAAGAGGUAAUCCCUAGGUACGGAGUGCCGCAGGGAAUAGAUAGCGACAGAGGUCCAGCUUUUGUGUCAAAAAUCACUCAGGGACUGUCAGAAAUCUUAGGAUUUAAGUGGCAGUUACAUGUUCCUUAUCAUCCACAGAGUUCAGGUCAAGUUGAGAGAAUGAAUGCAACUAUCAAAGACAGAUUGACCAAAACAGUCCUAGCCACAGGCCUGAAAUGGCCUGAUGCACUGCCGAUUGUGCUGUACUCCAUUCGGAGUGCACCAAGUGCAACUACAGGACUGAGUCCUCACGAGGUGCUGAUGGGAAGACCAAUGUCCACAGGGACAAGUCCCCCACUGACACCACACAAAGCUACUCUGCUUUGGACGGAUGAGUUCAUGACUGAGUAUGUGAAAAGACUAACAGAGAUUUUGAGAAAGUAUCAUUUACAGGUGGCUGACAGACUCCCCAAACCAUCGGAAGAACCAAUUCAUUCCUUUCGAGAAGGUGACCUGGUAUUAAUCAAAUCUCUGGAAAAAGUGUCUUUGUCUCCUAGGUGGAAAGGUCCAUACCAGGUGCUGCUGACUACUAGGACGGCCCUGAAGGUCGAAGGCAGAGCAGAAUGGAUCCACGCCACAAGUAGGUUCGGGCAGGGGACAGGUCAAGUCGGUCCAAAUGAGAGAGAGACAGGAGUCUCUCUGAUUCCAGGCGAAGGAGAGCGGAAAGGCUUUCCUUCUCAUGACACAGUCGGUGCCAUGAACCCAGUGCCCCAUGGACAGGGGCGCCCUUUGCAGAAUGAUCCAGAAAAUGCAGACCAAGAGCCAGAUCUUGGACAUACGGACAAAUCAAUGAGCCCAUUGGGACUCUACAACACUAUGGCGGUGGUCUACAUAUGAUAAAACACUGUUUGAGACGAAGCAGAGUUCAUCCACGUCGACGAAGAGGAUCACUCCAGGAGGAUGGAUUCCACAUCACCAUGCAUCGUAUGUGCUAGUAACCUCUCCAUGGUGAUGGCCCUCUACUGUACGCAAAGUGCAUGGGGUGAAGACUUCACUUUGUGAUUGAUUUGUUUUAUUGUUAUGAUGUAAUCAAAUGUUUGUAUGACUCCCCUUUAAGUUGCUAGGAUUUCAUCUAGUAAGAGGCAGGAAGUGUCUUGUCUUAGGUUGUUUGCGCAUGUGACUGGUGACCUCUGUCAAUGACCUCCUUUAACGCUUUGGUGUUCUAGGAGAUCUUCUUUGAGGAUUUGCCUCACUACUGCCCCUGGUGGUUGGAAGACAGAACUCAUGGGUCACAUGACAGUUGUUUUAAAGGGGUACAUAAGAGGGGUUUUUUAUCUAAUUUACUGAUUGUUUGCUUUUAUUGUUAUUGCAUUAUGUGUUUAAAUGAUUAUGUGUUUUGAUGAUUUUACUUUUGAUUUUGUUCAAUGCAAUUGUUGAUUCUUGUAUUACUUUUGUGUGAGAAUUGUUAUCUGUUGUGCGGAUGUUGUUUCUACUCUGUUUGUGCCCUUACAGUCCACCAGUCCAGUCAUAAAUUGGUAAUUUGUAUUGAUCUUUUGAUCAAUAAGAGGGGAUUGUUAUGGAUAUUCCAUAACUGACCAGGACAACAGAAUGUCAAGCUGUACUCCUCUGUUCUCUCAAACAGAAGAUAACACAUGUUGUUUAAUAAACC